AUGAGUAUUUAAUUGAAUGAUAGGCAUAUUACAUAAUUAGAAGAAUUAGAAUCUUUAAAAGGAAAACUUUAAUGCCCAUCAUAUAGAUCUCGUAAUCUUUCAUCGGAUAGAUAGUAUACUCCAUCAUUGACAAAUGAUUUUAGAAGCACUAGAAAUAGUGAAAAAUAGAAAGACUCUUAAUCAGUAGAGAAAUGUAUUAUCAUUAAAUUAUGGACUAGUUUUGAAUCUUAAAAAGUAAAAUUAGAAUGUUGACAAUCUUUCUCAAUUAUGGAAAUAAUAAAAAUAAUCCAUAUAGCUUACUUAAAGCAUAAAUGAAUAUAAUUCAAUAUGUAUAUCUGAUUUCUAAUGAAAAUUUAGAAGAAAAAUAAGAGAUUGAUCAAUAGAUUUCCAAAUAUACACAUUUAGUUAUAGAAGAAGAAGACAAUUUAGUUACUGAAUAAGAUGCCAAUAAAAUCAAAGUAGUUUAAGCAGCCAAUAAUGUUAGAGUAAAUGGAAAAUUUCCUAAUAAUAGUAAAUAAGGAGGAUAAAAAAAAAUAUAAUAAUAAGCUCAACAGAUCUAAACAAGCAAUAAUCAAGUUUAAAAUAAAAAAAUAAAUAAUAACAAUAGACCUUAAACUACAAAAUCAUAGGUUCAAGUACCAUAAACACCUAUAACUUAAAAAAAAACUGUUUAAAAAAGUAAUACAAAGUCUUUCUAAGAUCCAUUUUAAGAUAGUAAAUAUAUAAAAUAAAAUAGUGCCAUAAACUCCUUCAUAAAAGUUAAAAUAAAGUUCUUUAUUAGAGAAAUCUAGAUAAGGAAAAAUGAAUUAGGCUAUAAAUAAAGUUAUUACUAAAAAGAACUCUGAAGAAGAUGAAAGAAAUUUAAUAUUAUUAUUAGGUAAAAUAAAAGAAAGUGUAACAAAGUUAUAUGAUAGUAGAUUUGAGAAAUAGUUGAAUCAUUCUUCUUAAUUUAUUGAAAAGUAAAUAUAUGUAUUAGCUUAGAAAUUUUGAUAAAAUAAUCAAUACAUUAAAAGUGGACUUUAGAUUAAAUGAUAAUGAUUUAUGA